AUACGUGCUGGCAGCAGGCUCAGAGCUCACCUGCUGCUGCUGCUGGGUAUGCGGGAGAGGGGCGCAACUAACAUAUAGUUACCUCCUCAGCAGUACAGGCAGUGGCAGGCAGAGAGGAAGUCAGGGAGGGGCCGGCAUCUAGUUUCUCCGGGUGAUCAAUUAAACCGAACUACUGAACACGAAGGAGCCGGAGCGAGCCCGAACGCACGUUGUACAGGACGGGCCGGCAGCGAGAGAGCGCCCGGGACACCACACGCUGCCCAUCCCGCUGACUGCUCCUCACUUGGGACACGGAGAAGAGAAAGAGCUGCGGGCGGGCACGACAUACAUACUCACUGUGCCGGGGAACUUGCUGCUUGCAUACAGUGUACGGGAAAGUAACUCUGCGGCUUCUCUAUAUACAGUAUAUUGGAGGACAAGACCCGUCCGCCACCACUGUGACUGUCAGUGACCCCCUUGUACACACGGCAGCUGUGAGGGGUGCGGGCUGCUAUGUGAGAUGAGGUGCAGGAAUGGCAGUCUGGUGACAAUACUCUGCGUGACUGCCUUCUUCUCCCUGUCCUGGUAUACAGCAUGGUACAGAGACAAAGACUAUGGGAUGGACACAUAUGAAAAGCAGUUUUUAGAACUACAACAAAGGCUGUUCCAUGCAGAGAAAGAGAAUCAGAAGAGGUCCCGAGAUCUCAGCACUGUUCUAGAUGAGAUUAAACGGGCAGUUGCAGAGAAGAGAAACGCAUUUGAGAAUCACACAGUUGAGGAGAUAAAAUGGAAAGUAUUGAAUAUGACCAGCAAGCUCCCCAUGCAGUUUUCCAACAUGUACAUGUUCCUUCCUCAUUUGCUGGGGCAUGAAGACAGCCUACAACCAAAUGUGCUUUAUGGGCAUGGAAGAACAGGAGUGUCUGUAGUUAUCGGUAUUCCAACUGUGAAGAGAGACAAACAGAGCUACUUGCUAGAUACUUUGAGAUCCCUCUUCUCAGAGAUGUCUCCAAAGGAAAAAGAAGAUUGUGUCGUUAUUGUUUUCAUAGCUGAGCUAAGUGCCCAGUAUGUGAAUGAUAUUGCUAAUGUGAUAAAAGAAAGUUUUCCUCAUGAAAUACAGUCUGGUGUCCUUGAGAUCAUUUCUCCAUCACCAUUAUAUUAUCCAGAUUUCUCCAAUAUUAAAGAGACCUUUGGUGAUUCCAAAGAGCGAGUGAGGUGGAGAACAAAGCAGAAUUUAGACUACAGCUUCCUUAUGCUGUAUGCACAGCCAAAGGGAACAUAUUACUUACAGUUGGAAGAUGACAUUGUUGCCAAGCCACAGUUUUUCCAGCCCUUGAAGGAUUUUGCUAUGCAGCAGGCCACUGAUGACUGGCUGAUACUGGAGUUUUCACAGCUGGGAUUUAUUGGAAAACUUUUCAAGUGUAAAGACCUAAUCUUUGUUGCAGAAUUUUUCUUGAUGUUCUACAAGGAUAAGCCUAUAGACUGGCUCCUUGAUCAUUAUCUGUGGGUGAAAGUAUGCAAUCCUGAAAAAGAUGCAAAACACUGUGACCGGCAAAAGUCCAACUUGCGCAUUCGAUAUCGUCCCUCCCUCUUCCAGCACAUUGGGACACACUCCUCACUGGUUGGAAAGAUACAGAAUUUAAAGGAUAAAGACUUUGAUAAGAAAGUAUUAUACAAACCUCAUAAUAACCCUUCAGCAAAACUGAGCACCAGUCUCAAGGUGUAUCAGCAAUACAACCUGCAGAAGGCCUACCUGGGUGAGGAGUGCUUCUGGUCCUUCUCUCCUGUUGCUGGGGACUACAUACUCUUUGAGUUUGACAAUGCUUUACAGCUAGAAGGUUACCUCUUCAGAAGCGGGAACAUUGAGCAUCCUGGUGACAAGCUGUUUAACGCUACAGUACAAAUUUUGCCACUAGAGAAAGUUAACAGUGUGCCACAGGGUAGCCAAAUAGACGAAGACGGAUUCAUACAAAUAGGCAAGUUUGUCAAUGGCAUUGCUGAAGGAGAAAUCGGUAGUUCUUUUGGGAAAAUCAAAGCCAUCCGUAUAAAAAUUCUCAAAGAGUCCCCUGUCUGGGCACUGCUGAGUGAGAUAUUCAUCAAACAGAAGAAAUAAGACAAUUUUGAGACUGAAGCCUUAAAUACUUGGAAAACCCUGCCCUCUUCUGGUGCAGUACAAGACUACUUUGAAGAAUAUAUUGCAUCGCUAAAAUAAUGAAGGAAACUAUAUAAAUGCUCUUCUAUUUUUAUGGUGAAAAUAAUUUUGUUAUUUAUAUUUAAAAUAUGUUGUUCUUUUCUAUGAACGAUGGGUUUUAAUCGCUCCCAGUUUGAUUUUUUUUUUUUUUUUUUUUCAAUCAACACUAGCAGUUGGUGACAGGAAACGAACUUACACGUAAUGCAAGCAACGGAGCGAUAACGUUAAACCCAAUUAGGUACUUUUUUUUUUUUUUAUAAAUGGUACAGGAACCUCAAUCAUUCCAGACGAGGCGAUCUUUUUCAGAACCUCUCCCUGACUGAGAAAUAUACUGUAUCCCAGUCUAUUAAAGCAAAACCUUACCAUAUUAAUAACAUGGGGGUGAUGUAUGAAAAAACGUCCUAACAGAGGUUAUGUGUCCAGGGGCGUAUCACCACAUUAUCGUGGUGAUACGCCCGCAGCUGCCACCACAAUGUAUGAUUAAGGCCCCCGCCGAUGUGGUAGUGCGUUAUCCUACCUUUCCCGCGGUAGCGUACCUUCCACAUCGGCGCCGCAAUGUGUGCGCAUGCACCCUUCUUCUUGUGUGCACCGCCAGAGACCCCCGGCGCAUGCGCAGUAGAGCUGUGUGGACCAGCAGAAGAAUGUCCACGUUAAAUAAAGUUUAUUCAAAACCAAAAAAAAUAAGUCACUGCACAUUUUGAACACAUCGCCUGCCCGGGGGAGGCGUUCCAGACCGGCGGCUUCAGGAGACGAAAAGGGACAGCAGAGGCAAUCAUACAUUGCCUCUGCUCUUCGUCUCCCAUUCAGUACUGCGGGGAAGUGGUAAGUGGCGGGGGCGCGCGGCGGCCAGUGCAUACGGCGUUAACACGCCAUUCAUACAUAUGGGUGCAGCGCAAAAUGCUGCCUUAAGGUGCGCUGUGGUCAGCGGGAACCACAGCACACUUUCAUACAUCUGGCCCGUGGUUGCUAAAGCUAUGUGUCUCUCUCUCUCUCUAGAAUGAACAGUGUGUUAUGUAUGGAGUGAACAAUGGUACUUACUGCAGCAGUUAGUGCUAGAUUUUUAUUUAUUUAAUUUGUUAUAGACAUAAAUAGUAGGUAUGGAAAAUAUAUCAAAAUGACAGAGAUCUAUGAUAAUCUGCCCCUUAGUUUGCAUUUACAACGUACAUACCAGAUUCCAAUUUCACUUUCGUGGGAAGGAUUUGCGCUCCCUGUGUCAUAUGCAUAAUCUUUUUCACACCUGAACACACAACACUGGUGGUAAUAUUAAUGCUGUAUUGUGCGCUCAGAUGUGACCGAUUUUAUUUGUAAGUGUGGUUUUAAAGCAGUUUUGCCACAGUACAUAAUUUCCAGUCGGUAAUGUAGAUAUAUUAACUGACCUUAUUUUUGAGCUAGGCGUGUUCAGACAUCAGCAUGUCCAGGUAAUGGGGUGACUGGAGGAUGCACAUAGGCCUGUACCUCUCUUGGGGGUCUAUUUACUAAGCCUUGGGUGGAGAUAAAGUGAAUGGAGUUAAAGUACCAGUCAACCAGCUGCUAACUGUUAUUUUUUUCAAACACAGCCUAUAACAUGACAGUUAUGAGCUGAUUGGCUGGUACUUUAUCUCCGUCCAAUUUAUCUCUCUCCAAUUUAUCUUUGCUUAGUACAUAGACCCCUUGGUUUUAAUUGGAUUGUUGCCAAGCUCACUUUGGAGGCACAUACUGCAUGGUCAGCUCAACAGUGUGACAGAAAUGAAAAUGAUAAAUGUACCACUAAAACCAUAUAACUAAUAAAGUGAUCAGUUUAUUGAAAAUGUAUUUAAGAUAUAUUUUGAAGAUUGUUUUGCUUAACUGAAGAAUUCUUCUUUACAACAACACAGUGGAUGGUUAGGGAGCGGCUGUAUGCUGUAAAGGUAGUUCGGCAGCUGGCACUGCAGCGUCAGUAUAACAGGCAUACAGUGUAUACCUGAACGGUUAGGAAUGUUGAUGUGUAAUUUCAGUUCCUAAUUGCCUCUAUUGUGUAUUCAAAGUAUGUGUUAAUCAGCUGCGCUGACUUUUAUGGGGUUAAUUGUGGUGGGAAUCAAGAGUUUUGGAAACGCUGAUUUUAAAAUUGUGCCUUGCGUCUUCCGCAAAUGUUUUACAAAAGAAAUGUUUACACAAAUGGCUUAAUGACGUUUUAAUGUAUUGUUUAUUGUGAAUAAUAUUUAGGUUUAUUAUCUUUUGCCACUUUAAGACCAAUAGAGACCAAUGUCUGGAUAAUUUAUUAUGAUACUCUUGUUCACCACUCAGUAUGUGGCUUUAUCAUUACAAUAUAUAUGAAGGGUAUAUUAAAUACAACAGGAAACAGUAAUACAUCUCUGCUUUCUCGUACCUUCUUGCAUGGUUUGUUUUAACUUUGGGAUUCUUUACUUUUGUUCCUUUAAAGCUAAUCUAUUUUAAAACCAAAUAAAGAAAUAAAAAGCUGAUGAACCCAUAAAAAAUCAUAUGUACAUAAGUAAAACAUGAAUUCAUGAUGUAUUGUCUUCCCAAAGAUUGGCAAAUUUGUACACCGUCUUGGCUCCUGACACAUGAUCAAUCUAUAUAGAUUUGAAGCAAUGCUUAUGCGUUUCCAGAAUUAGAAUCCAUGUUAUAUGGCACAAUGAUAUUCCCUGUAUAUUAUAAUUACUGGUUUUAUUUAACCAAGACUUGUGAUCAUUCCUUGUCCUGUGAUGUCUUGUCUUCUAAAAUGUAUGUUCUUCCAUCCAUGUUUUGUUGCACUUUAUACCCGAAUUACUUUCCCUGCAAUCUUGAUUAAAUCUUUUGCUCAAAGUGAGCUCAAUAAGCCUUAAAUAAAAAGUAUGUU